CUCGUCAGUAAGAGCCCUUAUGUAGAUCACACAAUCGUGGCUGCCUAUCACCUGAUGCUUAUUAAAUCCAAUUACAAUUGGAAAGGACCAGUGUGGAGUUGCAAGGCUGUAUGCAGCAAGAUACGUGGUACCUGUUGUGAAUAAUCAACUUGAAGAUGGCCACAAAGCUUAUACAGGAGCCACCAUACAUGCCUAUGCAGGUACCUGACCAGGAGAAUAUAUCUACACAGUCUUGUAUAUCUAUGCAGAUACCUACAUAUGGACCAGCCUCUUUGCCCUCCUCAGAGCCUGCCACUAUGUCCAUGCCAGAGAUUGUCUGUAUGCCCACUCAGGGGCCCAUCACAUUGCCCAUGGAGGGGCCAGAUUCAUUGUCAUCAGAACUGCCUGCAUCUGUUCCCAUGCAGGUUCCUGUAUCUAAGUUGACUCCUAUGCCAACAUUUAUGCCCUUGCAGACACAAACAAAUGGGGACGAACAGAUGCUUAAAUCUGUGCCAGAGCCGGUAUCUGGUCAGUUAUCUACAGAUCUUAUUCAGACACCCCCAUCUCUGUCUAUACAGUUGCCUUGUCAGGUAACUACCUAUAUGUCUACACCAACAUCCUCGAAGAUACUUGCUGAAAUGCCUACAUCUAAGAAUGUGAAUACUAUAAUGCAGGUCCCUGUACCCACUAACAUACCUUCCUCUGAACCUCAUCAGGUCUCUACCUCUCCCUCACCAUCUUUGCCUUGUCAGGAAACUACAUCUAUGAUUGUGGAGCCGCUACCUUCUGUACAGUUGCAAGUACCUGCUGAGGAGCCUACAUCUAGUAGCAUGUGUGUGCCCUCACAGGUGCCUGUACCCUCGCAGACCCAUAACAUUGUCAUAGCACAAGAACCUACAUCUGUGCAGUUGCAAAGAUCUGCAUCUGGGUCCACAUCUGUGCAGGUAACAGAACCUAUACCUGUCGCGACAAAGGAGCCUACAUCUGUGCAUGUAGAGACAUCCAAGUCUCUCAGAUCUGUGCCUAUGAUAGAACCAUUAGUGACUAAAUGGAGAGCACCUCCUGUGCCAGUUAUGCAGAUGCCAGUCCUUCAAUCAGCACAUCCAGCAUUGGAGAAGGAGAACAUUGUUUUGUAUCAUACAAGUGAGAUGGAGAUGCCCUUCUACCAUCUAGUCAUGGUUACCCAGCCAUUUCCUCAAGACUUAACUAGCAAUAUGGCUAACAUACCAAGCACUUUGACUAGCUGGAGGCAGAUACCAUAUGGUCCUGUUUCAUGGACUUCCAAUAUCAUUAACUGUUUUGCUGAUAUUAAGACAUGCUUGUUUGGGUCAGUCUGUCCAUGUAUAAUGCCCUGCUGCCAUUCUACACAGUUUGAUGAGACCUGUUUCCUUGGGUUCUAACCUGGGCCAAGUGUUCUAUGCGAUCUGGAGUAUGUGAAUGCUACAAAAUUCCAGGUUCCUUUCCACAAGAUUAUGGUGCCACCUACCAAAUGGCUCGGGAAAUAAAAAAACAGCAACAGCUUCCCUUUACAAUUCCCCAUGCCAAAUUAUUAUGGCCAUCUUUACCCAUAUCAACAGAGCAACUGGGUUUAACCAUCAGAUCUACUAUGUUCUAACCUUCUUUUAAAUAUGUUUAAUGUAUUUCAAAUAAUAAAUGAAUUUGUAAUAAAAUAUAAAAAUAACUCAUGAAAACUGAAAAGUGAAAUUAAUGAAAUGACAAGUUUUGUUUUAAACUUUUUUGUUGUUCCUCAAAUAAAUGAUAAGCUCUUUUGAGCCAUAA